CCCCCGCAGAGGGAAGCGUCCCUCGUUUUCUUCCCGUGAGCUCUCCCCGCGCCCCUCGCCUCUCGGUGCUUAAUGGAUGGCGGUUGUGAGUUUUUCCCAUUUAUUUUUGUCGCCUCUUGACUGGGAGGCCCGGCGCGAGGCUCUGCGCCUCUGCGUCCCUCGUCGCCACCUCACGCCCGCGCAGAUCCCGUCACCUGCCUCCCCGUCGCGGAUGGCCGGCCAGUGACGGCGCCGGGUGGCCCGCGCGUGGACACGGGGCCCUCGCCCAAGCUGCCACCGAGCCGCGGCCUCCGCCCUCGACCCUUCUCUCUCCCGUAUUCCGAGCUCUCUGGAAAGAGAGAAGACGCCAGGGAAGAUGUGGCUGAAGCUUUUUUUCUUGCUCCUCUAUUUCCUGGUCCUGUUCGUCCUGGCCAGGUUUUUUGAAGCCAUUGUGUGGUAUGAAACUGGCAUCUUUGCCACCCAGCUGGUGGAUCCAGUGGCGCUGAGCUUCAAGAAGCUGAAGACCAUUUUGGAGUGCCGAGGGUUGGGCUACUCAGGGCUGCCUGAGAAGAAGGAUGUCCGGGAGCUGGUGGAAAAGUCAGGUGACUUGAUGGAGGGUGAGCUCUAUUCUGCUCUCAAGGAAGAAGCAUCGGAAUCGGUUUCUAGUACCAAUUUCAGUGGUGAAAUGCACUUCUAUGAGCUUGUGGAAGACACAAAAGAUGGCAUCUGGCUGGUUCAGGUCAAUGAGUGGUCAUUGAAGAUAAGAAAGGAAAUGAGAGUUGUGGACAGGCAAAUAAGGGAUAUCCAAAGAGAAGAAGAAAAAGUGAAACGAUCUGUGAAAGAUGCUGCCAAGAAGGGCCAGAAGGAUGUCUGUGUAGUUCUGGCCAAGGAGAUGAUCAGGUCAAGGAAGGCCGUGAGCAAGCUGUAUGCCUCCAAAGCGCACAUGAACUCAGUGCUCAUGGGGAUGAAGAACCAGCUGGCGGUCUUGCGAGUGGCUGGUUCCUUGCAGAAGAGCACAGAAGUGAUGAAGGCCAUGCAAAGUCUUGUGAAGAUUCCAGAAAUUCAGGCCACCAUGAGGGAGUUGUCCAAAGAAAUGAUGAAGGCUGGGAUCAUAGAAGAGAUGUUAGAGGACACUUUUGAAAGCAUGGACGAUCAGGAAGAAAUGGAGGAAGCAGCAGAAAUGGAAAUUGACAGAAUUCUGUUUGAAAUUACAGCAGGGGCCUUGGGCAAAGCACCCAGUAAAGUGACCGAUGCCCUUCCAGAGCCAGAACCUUCAGGAGCAAUGGCUGCCUCAGAUGAGGAGGAGGAGGAGGAAGAGGCUCUGGAGGCUAUGCAGUCCCGGCUGGCCACACUUCGCAGCUAGGGGCUGCCUACCCCGCUGGGUGUGCUCACACUCCUCUCAAGAGCUGCCAUUUUAUGUAUCUCUUGCACUACACCUCCGUUGUGAGGACCAUUUUGGAGAAGGUUCUGUUUGUCUCUUUUCACUCUCUGCCCAGGUUUUGGGAUCACAAAGGGAUUGUUCUUGUAAACGUGGUGUAAAUAAAUGCAUCAUUUUUAGGAGUAUGUACAGAAAUAUCUUAUUGUGGGGAGGAAAAAGAAAUCCAUCUUCUCAUGAAGCAGUUCUGAAAAUACAGGUGAUGGCGUGAAUGUCGAAGAUUCUACUUUUGUCUAUAAAACACUGCAUAAAUGAAUUUUAAUAAAUUUUUGCUUUAGCACUUGGCCCCAUUGUAGAUUGCCCUGUGCAGUAAACUUUCAAGGUGUUGGCUGCCCCAGAUUGCUUCAUUUGUUGGGCGUGGAAAGAGUUGCGAUGGCCAGGCAUAUGGGAUUUGGAAGCUCAGCAGAACUGACUUCUGCUCUGUGGAUGCUGCUCCCCAGCUUUCACAGACAUGGUGUGGCAGCCAUUCUUUUAUCUGUUUAACCAAGAGAAUGCUUGGGAAUUGUGCUGCUUGUCCUGUUGGCUGGUGGCUGUAGUAUGUCCUGGGGUGUGUAUGUGGGUCUAUUUAGAGCUUCUGUCCCUUCCUUCCCAUUGCAAGUUGCACCCAGAUCAGACAGCUGUAGGACUAGGUCUCUUUCACCUCUCACUGCCUGUCCCUGCUUUGAGCUGGUUGUCUUGUGCAUGGGACAUGGGCCUUCCUAUCCGUGUUUUCUCAAAGUCAGGAGCUGACCAGGAGCACACUAAGGUGUGGUCAUGCAUCCUAACCAACAUUCACUCAUCUGGGACAUUCUUAAGAUACAUUUAUAAAUCAUUUCAGCAGUAGCACUUUGUAUGUGUUGAGAGUUUACGAAGCUCUUUGACAUAUGCGAUCUCAUUUAGUCUUUACAAAUAAGGAAAACAGCUCAGUUUGGGAAGUAUCAGAGCUGGGAUUCAAACGCAGAUCCUCUGGUCCAAGUUGUAUGUGCACUGAACUAAUCAGGCAGGAAAAAAGCCCAGCCACUGUCUCACAGAUUGGUUUUUGUAUAUUGUAGCAAAAUCUUGAAACAAUGGGGUCCUGCCAGUUUCAUCAUACAAAAUGGCAAUCUUGGCUGGGUAUAGUGGUUCAUGCCUAUAAUCCCAGCGCUUUACAAGGCUGAGGCAGGAGGCUGUCUUGAGAAUAGGAGUUCAAGACCAGCCUGGGCAACAUAGCAAGAUCCUGCCUCUACCAAAAAAAAAAAAAGAAGUCAUUCUUGAGACCAGAGGACCCUCCUAUUACUCUUGAUUUCAUCUUUAGAGUAUAGUUUAAAAAGUUUUUUAAAUAAAGGAUUUUUUUAAAUCAGUUGUAGGUUCACAGCAAAAUUGAACAAAAAAAUUUCUCAUAUAUCCCGUCCUCACACAUGCACAGCCUCCCACCACUAUCAAUAUCCCACACCAGACACAUCAUUAUUGCCUGAAAUCUAUAGUUUACAUGAGGAUUCACUCUUCGUGUUUUACAUUGUAUGGACUUGGACAGAUAUAUAAUGAUAUCUUCUAUAAUUAUAGAAUCAUAUAGAAUAGUUUCACUGCCCUAAAACUUCUAUGUGCUUCACCUGUUCAUCCCUUUCUUCCCUAAUCCCCCAGCAACCACUUAAAAAAAAUUAUUUUAGGUUCGGGGGUACAUGUGCAGGUAAACUCAUGACAAGGGGGUUUGUUAUACAGAUUAUUUAGUGCCCAGGUACUAAGCCUAGUCCCCAAUAGUUAUUUUUCUGGUCCUGUCCCUUUUCCCACCCUCUACCCUCAGGUAGGCCCCAGUGUGUUACUCCUUUGUGUCCAUGUUAUUUCGCUCCCACUUGUAACUGAGAACAUGCAAUAUUUGGUUUCCUGUUCCUGCAUUAGUUUGCUAAGGAUAAUGGCCUCCAGCCCAUCCAUGUUCCUGCAAAGGAUAUGAUCUCAUUCUUUGGCAACCACUUUUUACUGUCUCCCUAGUUUUCCUUUUUCUAGAAUGUCAUAUUAGAAUCAUACAAUAUGUAGCCUUUUCAGACUGGCUUCUUUCACUUAGUAAUAUGCAAUUAAGGUUCCUCCAUGUCAUUUCAUGGCUUAAUACUGCAUUUAUUUUUAGCACUGAAUAAUACUCCAUUGUCUAGAUGAACAGUUUAUCCAUUCACCUAUUGAAAGACUUCUUGGUGUAAAGCUGUUGUAAACAUCUGUGUGCAGGUUUUUCUGUGGGCAUGUUUUUAAUUCAUUUGAAUAAAUACCAAGAGCUUCAGUGCUGGAUCAUAUGGUUUGUCUCGUUUGACUGUCAAAGUGCACCAUUUGCAUUCCCACCAUCAAUUAAUGAGUUCCUGUUGCUCCACACCCUCACCAGCAUUUGGUGGUGUAAGCGUCCUGGGUUUUGGCUAUUCUAAUAGUUGUGUGGUGGUACCUGAUUGACUGACAUUUGCAGUCCCCUCAUGACAUGUUGAACGUCUUUUCAUAUGCUUGCUUCUCAGUAAGUUGUCUUUUCAGGUCUUCUGCCUAUUGUUUAAUUGCGUAUUUCUGAUUAUUGAAUUUUAAGUGUUGUCUAUUUUGGAUAACAGUACUUUAUCAGAUGUGCCUUUUGCAAGUAUUUUAUCCCAGUCUGUGGUUUGUCUUUUCAUUAUCUUGACAGCGACUUUCACAAAGCAGAAGUUUUUAUUUUUAUUGAAAUCCAGCUUAUCUGUAUUUUUCAUGGAUUGUGCCUUUAGUGUUGUAUUUUAAAAAAUCAUCACCAAACCCACAGCCAUUCUAUAUUUUCUCCUGUUAUCUUCCAGGAGUUUUGUGUUUUACAUUUAGGUCUGUGAUCCACUUUACUUUUUAUGAAGGGUGUUAAAGUCUGUGUCUAGAUUUGUUUUUUCUUGCUUGCUUUUUUUCUUUAUUUAUUUUGCAUGUGCGUGUCCAGUUGUCCACCAUUUGUUGAUGUUGAAAGGACUUCUUUUGAGACAGGGUCUGACUCUGUUGACCCAUGCUGGAGUAGAGUGAUGCCAUUUUGGCUCACUGCAACCUCUGCUUCCUGGGCGCAAGUGAUCCUCCCCCGGUGCAUGCCAUCAUGCUCAGCUAAUUUUUAAAGGUGUUUUUGUAGAGAUGAGGUUUCACUAUAUUGCCCAGGCUGGUCUCGAACUCCUGGACUUAGGCGAUCCUUCCUCUUUGGCCUCCCAAGUUGCUGGGAUUAGACAUGAGCCACUGCCUCUAGCAAAGACUGUCUUUUCUCCAUUGUAUUGCAUUUGCUUCCAUGUCGAAGAUCAGUUGACUAUAUCUGUGUGGGGCUAUUUCUGGGCGAUUUGUUUCCAGUGAUCAUGUCUAUUUUUUCACCAUUACCACCCUAUCUUGAUUACUGUAGCUUUAUAAUGAGUCUUAAAUUAAGUUGGGUAGUAUCAGUCUUCUGAUCUUUUUCUCUUUCAACAUUGUGCCAGCUAUUCUGAUCUUUUGCCUCUCCAUAUAAACUUUAGAACCAGUUUGUCAAGAUCCACAAAAUAACUUGCUGGGUUUUGAUUGGGAUUGCAUUGAAUCCACAGGUCAAGUUGGCAAAAACUGACAUACAGCAAUGCCAGGUUAUUGUUUUAUGAUAGCCUUAAUCCAUCUAGUUUCUUCACAGGAUGAUGUUGGAAUUAUGGGAUGCUCAUAAUCCUUGAAUAUUUUUUAGGUGGAUAAUUAAACUUUAUCUCGGUAGAUGGUUGGAUAACCAGAAUAGUGAUAACCUCUCUUCCAGCCACUCAAAUAAAAUGAUCUAAACACAGGGUUGGUUUAAUUGUUGAGAGGUCAUGUUUUUUCCAUUCUUGCUCUCAGGUAAGGAAAGAGCACUGUUGGUUCAUGCAUUCCUUUAUCCCUCAUACACUUUGUUGGGCACUGAUACGGUUUGGCUCUGUGUUCCCACCCAAAUCUCAUGUUGAAUUGUGAUCCUGAGUGUUGGAGGUGGGGCCUGGUGGAAGGUGACUGGAUCAUGGAGGUGGAUUUUCCCCUUGGUGUUCUCAUGAUAGUGAGUUCUCAUAGAUGUGGUUGUUUAAAAGUGUAUAGCACUUCCUGCUUCACUCUCUCCCAUUCCACCAUGUGAAGAAGGUGCCUUUGCCCUUCCGCUGUGACUGUAAGUUUCCUGAGGCCUUCCCAACCAUGCCUCCUGUAUAACCUGCGGAACUGUGAGUCAGUUAAACCGCUUUUCUUCAUUAAUUACCCAGUCUCAGGUAGUUUUUUAUGGCAGUGUGAGAAUGGACUAAUACAGAAAAUUGGUACCAGAGAAGUGGGACAUUGCUAUGAAGAUACCUGAAAAUGUGGAAGUGACUUUGGAACUGGGUAAUGGGCAGAGGUUGGAACAGUUUCGAGGGCUCAGAAGAAGACAGGAAGAUGAGGGAAAGUUUGCAACUUCGAGACUUGUUGAAUGGUUGUGACCAAUGUGCUGACAGUGAUAUGGAUAGUGAAGUCCAGGCUGAGUUGGUCUUAGAUGGGAGAUGAGAAUCUUAUUUGGAACUGGAGUGAAGGUCACUCUUGGCUUUAGCAAAGAGAGUGGUGGCAUUGUGCCCCUGCUCUAGAGAUCUGCAAAAUCUGAACUUGAGAGGGUACCUGGCAGAAAAAACUUCCAAGCAGCAAGGUGUUCAAGAUGUAGCCUGACUGCUUCUAAAAGCCUAUGCUCAUUUGCAUGAACAAAGAAAUGACCUGAAAGUAGAACUUAUAUUUAAAACGAACGCUGAGCUUUUAUAAAAGUUUGGAGAAUUUGCAGCCCAACCAUGUGGUAAAAAAGAAAAACCCAUUUUCUGGGGGAAAUUCAAGGCUGCAGAAAUUUGCAUAAGAAGACUCUCAUGCUAAUAGCCAAGACAGUGAGGAAAAUGCCUCCAGAGCAUUUCAGAGACCUUCACAGCAGCUCCUCCCAUCACAAGCAUGGAAGCCUAGGAGGGAGAAAUGGUUUUGUGGGCCAGGCCCAGGCCCCCACUGUUCUGUGCAGCCUUGGAACAUGGCACACUGCAUCCCAGCCACUCCAGCUCCAGCUGUGACUAAAAGGGACCAAGGUACAGCUUGGGCUGCUGCUUCAGAGGGUGCAAGCUCCAAACCUUGGUGGCUUCCAUGUGGUGUUAGGUGGGUGUGCAAAGGCAAGAGUUGAGGUUUCGGAACCUCUACCUAGAUUUCAGAGGAUGUAUGGAAACGCCUAGAUGUCCAGGGAGAAGUUUGGUGCAGAGGCAGAGCCCUCAUGAGUAACAGCUGCAAAGGCAGUGUGGAGAGGAAAUGUGGGGUUGGAGCGCACACACAGAGUCCCCACUGGGGCACUGCCUAGUGAAGCUAUGAGAAGAGGGCCACCAUUCUCCAGACCCCAGCAUUGCAGAUCCACUGACAGCUUGCACUGUGCACCUGUAAAUGUUGCAGGCACUUAACGCCAGCCUGUGAAAGCAGCCGUAGGGGCCAUAUUUAGAGCCACAGAGGCAGAGCUGCCCAAGGCCUUGGGAGCCCACCCCUUGUGCCAGUGUGGCCUGGAUGUGAGACAUGGAGUCAAAGAUCAUUCUGGAGGUUUGAGAUUUAAUGACUGCCCUCCUUGGUUCUGGACUUGCAUGGGGCCCAUAGCCCCUUUUUGGCUGAUUUCUCCUGUUUGGAAUGGGAGCAUUUACCCCAAUGCCUGUAUUCCCAUUGUAUCUUGGGAGUAACUUGUUUUUGAUUUUACAGGCUCAUAGGAGGAAGGGACUUGGUUUGUCUCAGAUGAGACCUGACUUGGGACAUCUGAGUUAAUGCUGGAAUGAGUUAAGACUUUAGGGGGCUGUUGGGAAGGCAUGAUUGUGUUUUGAAAUGUGAGAACAUGAGAUUUGGGAGGGGCCAGGGGUGGAAUGAUAUGGUUUGGCUGUGUGUCCCCACCCAAAUCUCAUGUUGAAUUGUGAUCCUGAGUCUUGGAGAUGAAGCCUGGUGGGAGGUGAUUGGAUCAUGGGUGCAGAUUUCCCCCUUGCUGUUCUCAUGAUAGUGAGUUCUCAUGAGAUCUGGUUAAGUGUGUCGCAGUUCCCCCUUUGCUUGCUCUCUCCUUCUGCCAUGUGAAGAAGGUCCUUGCUUUCCCUUCGCCCUUCUACCAUGACUAAGUUUCUCGAGGCCUCCCAGCCAUGCUUCCUGUACAGCCUGCAGAACUGUGAGUUAAUUAAACCUCUUUUCUUCAUAAAUUA